UUCAGUUGGUUCCAAAAUGAAAAUAUUGACAUGGCUACUCUGUACUUCUAUGAACCAGACAGUACCGGGCAUUCGUAUGGACCUUACUCUGAGGAGGUCAAAGAGAAAGUUAGAUAUAUGGACGGCGUCCUGGGAAAUCUAACGUCUCAACUUAAAGAAGCUGGUGUUUUAGACACGUUGAAUAUAAUAUUAACCAGCGAUCAUGGUAUGACUGCCGUUAACAAAACCACUCGCGAUCAUGGACCAUAAGCAGGUCUACAUGGUUACGAUAAUCGACUAUUAGACAUGCGUCCUAUCUUCCUAGCUCAGGGCCCUAACUUUAAGAAGAACAUGACGGCCCAUUCCAUCAAUUCUGUUGAUAUUUAUCCAAUGAUCUGUGAAUUAUUAGACAUUAAACCAGCUCCACAUAACGGAACGUUAGAUAUAGUGUCUAACUUUCUAAAUAUUUCAGAAAAAGAUAUCAACGGAGGUAAUAAAAUGGAAAUAACUCUAAUCACCUUAGUUGUGAUGGCGGCUCUGAGCUCCGCCUGUACCUUUUAAAUACACAUACCAAGACCAUUAUUAUCUUAGUUAUUACUGUAAUAAAUUGAUGUU